AUUUCCAUUGCUACCGUUUUUCUAAAAGCCCAUACUUCUAACGAUUCCACUUUUCAACUGCAGUCAUUAUUCACAUAUAUUUACAUUUGUAUCCAUUCUUAUUUUUAUUAAAAAAAAAAAACUUCAGAAGUCGAAUAAAAUACAAAUUUAAAAUGUGUGCUUAAAAAAAUUCAUAAAACUUAAACUAAUUAGGUAACAAAAUAAACUCAUUCACUGGCAUCUUUAACUUGGCGUAAAAUCUAAUAGAUUUUUCUAUCACAGAAAAUACAAUCUAUUUUUUAUAUAAGCUGUCAAAAUUUUAAAUUUGUAAUUAUAAUUUUUAUCUAAACACCCAGUUGAGAGGAAUAGGUAUUAAAGGACUUUCAGAAAUGUUGGAGCGAGUCCGAAGACCCCAGUCGAGACUGGAUCCCCAAAUACCGAUCCCAACAAGAACCACCACAAUGCGACGGACCCGGCGAGUAUGCGUUAAUAUCGAAUCUAACGGUUCCGGGUCCUUAAGAUCUAGAAGAAGACGUAGAAGGGAGUUACUAAAUCCAUACUUUGUGACCUACCCUCCAAUAUGUGGCCCCGUGCAUCCAUGCAACUUUCAAUUCUUCCCUAAUGAAUGGCCUCACGGCUAUGAAAAUGUUUUUGAUUCUCUUAGUCGUUUAAGCGCUGGUAACCAAUGUGAAUGUAAUUCAGUUGAAGAAACCGAAAAUACGUGUGGACCACAGGCUGUUCAUGACUUUAAGGAUAUUAUUAUGGAAUUGAAUAGCUAUUUGCAAGUGGAAAAGUUCAAGCAACUGGAAAUGCAUCAAGAGAGUACCAAUACCGACGAGAGUAGUAAAACCUUUAACCCCCAGGCCUGCCAGCUCUCUGUCCUAACCGAUAUAUUGUGUGAAACCAUUGACCGAUUAAAUGACUAUAUAGACAAGCAACCUAAACAAUCGGAGUGGCAGUCAGUUCAAAGCCCUAUGGAUUCGAGUAGGGGAGGAGUACCUCCCGUCGAGGUCUUACAGUUACCAAUCCAACCGCUGAUCGUACAACCUUUUCCUCCAUAUCCAUCCUCUGCUUACUAUCAGCCAUCUAAAUCAAUUUUUCAAAAUCAGCCCCAUCUUGAGCGUUUGCCCUGGUUAAAGGAGCGGAAACGGAAACGUCUUCCUAAGCCUACUACCGUUAUACACAUGCAAAAUCAGGAAAGCAGCACAGAUGACUUACCAAAGAUCUUAGAAGCAAACAACUCGGCAUUAGGAUGUGAUAAGUACCCAGAUUCGCCACACACCUAUAAGCAAUCUACCAAGGAUGCUAGCACAACCAUGUGGUGUUCUAUGCAAUGUUGCAAAAAAAGUUACGACACGGUCAAUAAUCCAAAACAAUUGGGUAUUAAACAGGAAAGCCUCUUAGAAAAUCCAGAAUUUUUCUAUUCUUUGAGAUCGACCGAUGUCUUUCCGCCCCCUUAUCUUAAGGCACCCCCACCAAGUAUAAAAUCAGAGGAAGAUAGGGAAGAUCAAGGCAAGUGUUACCAUCCAACGGGGGAAUCAAUCUAUGUCCUUAGCUCUCCCAAAACAUCCAGUUACAGUUCCAAUUGCGAUUAUCGCCAUGAGGGGGGUAACCUUAGAUAUUCUUAUAUAGAAGAAGAGGAGGAGGAGGAACAGGUAGAUGAGGAUGACUGGUAUCGAAGUGCGAGCAACAAAUUAGCUGAAUUGGAGGAAGAGCAGGACUACUUUAAGAAAAUGGAUAAACAUACUGAAAUGAAAACUAAUGAUCAAACCCUUCAGAGUGACCUUGAAACCAGCAGUGAAAACAGCUUUAUAAAUAUUAUAGCCACUUCCGAUAAAUCACUUAGCACCUCAGAACUCAAUGAUAUAACAACCAGAGAACCCAUUAAAAUUGAAAGGAUUUGCAAAAAGUCUUCUUUGAAACAGCGUAUCGGGCUGAAAACUCGGGAUCAAAAGGGAAAUACUCUAAAGCCCCUCAAUGUCAUGUUUGAGAAAAUUCAAAGUACGGCUGGAGUUCAGGUCCAACCACAAGUGAGAUGCAUUGGGACGGAUCCAAUAUGCAAAGAUUCGAUUACCAGUAUACCCAAGACCAGCAGAAAUGUCCAGGACCUAUUUAAGACUAGGAAAAAGAGCAGUCAGAAACGGACAAUUAGUUCUGAAUGCUUCCCGGGGAAAUCCAAAAAGUAGUCAUUCUGAAAAUCCUCCAACAAGGGCAGCUUAAA